AUGGACUAUGGCACAGGAGGACCACCACUCCCGCAUGCCCUGGAUCACUGCAGGACAGGUCCCCCACUCCACCGUACCCUGGAAUAUGGCACUGGAAGACCCCCGUCCCGCCGCUACUCGGACUCCACCACAGAAGACCUUCGCCCCCUUGUGCCUUGGACAAAGGCACGGGAGGACCUGACUUCACCGCCCCAUGGGCUAUCACAUAGGAAAACCCCCACCCCACCCCCACCCCGCGCCAGAGACUCUGACAAGACAGGACCCCUGCCCCCUGCUCCCCGGACUACAGCAAGGCAGGAACCACCCUCUUCCGAGGUCCUCACUAUGGCAACUGUGGACCCCCGCCCUGCAUUGGAGGACCAAUGCCUUCCUGCGGACUCAAGCACUGGACUAUCGCAGGGCAGGAUCCCUGUCCCGCCAUGCCCUACACUAUGGCACGGGAGGACCCAGCCUCACUGUGCUCUGGACUCCAGCACCAGAGGACUCCUACACGGAGGACUCCCGCUCCACCACGUCCUGGACUCCUGCACAAGAGAACCCCCGCCCCGCUGCACCCUGGAUACAGCAAGGCAGGAAUCCCGCCCUGUUGCGCUCUGGACUGCGGCACCUGAGGAUCCACACCCCAGCGCGCCCUGGACUACUGCUCCGCAGGACUCCUGUUCCGCUGCACUCUGGACUAUGGCACCAGAGGACCCAGCCUCCCUGCGUCCUGGACUAAGGCACCAGAGGACCCAGCCCCUCGCAUCCUGGACUAUGGCACCAGAAGACCCAGUCCCCUGGCGUCCUGGACUAAGUCACAGUAGGACCCCGCAGCAUCGUGUACUCCUGCACAGGAGGACCCUCGCAGGGCUGCGCCCUGGACUGAGCUGCUGAAGGAGCCCCACCCUUGCCUCACCCUGGACUAAGGCGCUGGAGAACUCCUGCU